CACGUGGUGCUGAACAUGGCUGCGGCCAUUGGAGCCGUGCGACUUUCUUAGGGAUUUCGUUUGAGGGUUGAUUACUCCGUGCUGGAUAUUAAAUGCAACGGAUCAGAUCAAAACAGUAAAGUGAUAAAGCCCUGAACCACAACGAUGCCUGAUGAUUCAAUCACAGUUUUGCCACAAAGGCAAGACAGUUUGAAUUCUUCACACCAUUUCCCAAUAAAGGAGUUUCUUUAUAAAAAGUAUGAGCAACUUUCAGAAACUGACAGAAAAUUGUUCACUUACGGACCUAUGUACCUUGGAAUCAAUAGUGCAUUUUCUGGGCUGAUCGCAAACAGUUUAUUUCGGCGGGUGCUGAAUGUCAGUCAAGGAAGGCUUACAAGCAGCUUGCCUAUGGCAGUACUUCCAGGUUUGACUACAAUGAUAGCGUACAGUGCAGCAGUAUCUACACCUCUGGUAGAAGGCCACCUUAACUGCCCUACAUGCGCACUUGUUAGAGGUGGACUAGUGGGUGCUGUGGUUGGAGGUCUUUAUCCUAUUUUGCUAGCUUUGCCAGUCAACGCUGGCCUUGCAACAAGGUACAACACUUCUCCAAUGCCAGAGAAAGGAAAUAUUUUUCGAUUCUGGGCCAUGAUCACACAACCUGUUUUGAAGAAAAUGUCCUUUGUCAUAAUACUACAAGGAAUGUUUGGAAUUUACAUGAGUUCCAAGCAUUAUGGAAUAUAUAUGAAAAUGCUAGAACAGCCUCUUUCAGAUGAAGAUAUAAAAGAAUAAAUACUUUUACUGUAUAAAAA